AUGAAGCUGAUACGGAAACUAGAGCAGCUUCCCUAUGGAGACAGGCUGGGGAUGCUGGGGGAGCCCGCCGAGUGCAGCAUCAAGGUGAUGUGCCGCUUCCGGCCCCUCAACGAGGCCGAGAUCCUGCGGGGCGACAAAUUCAUCCCCAAAUUCAAGGGCGACGAGACCGUGGUCAUCGGGCAAGGGAAGCCCUAUGUCUUUGACAGGGUGUUACCCCCGAACACAACCCAGGAGCAAGUUUACAACGCCUGUGCCAAGCAGAUUGUCAAAGAUGUUCUGGAAGGCUACAAUGGCACAAUCUUCGCUUAUGGCCAGACCUCAUCAGGAAAAACACACACCAUGGAGGGGAAGCUGCACGACCCUCAGCUGAUGGGAAUCAUCCCCAGAAUUGCACACGACAUCUUUGACCACAUCUACUCCAUGGACGAGAACCUGGAGUUCCACAUCAAGGUUUCCUACUUUGAGAUAUAUUUGGACAAAAUAAGGGACCUGCUUGAUGUGUCAAAGACAAACCUCGCUGUACAUGAAGAUAAAAACAGAGUCCCCUAUGUUAAGGGCUGUACAGAAAGAUUUGUGUCCAGUCCUGAAGAAGUUCUGGAUGUCAUUGAUGAAGGGAAGGCCAACAGGCACGUGGCUGUGACGAAUAUGAAUGAGCACAGCUCGAGGAGCCACAGCAUCUUCCUCAUCAAUAUCAAACAGGAGAAUGUGGAAACAGAGAAAAAACUCAGUGGGAAGCUUUACCUGGUGGACCUGGCUGGCAGUGAGAAGGUCAGCAAAACUGGAGCAGAGGGGGCUGUUCUGGACGAAGCUAAAAAUAUCAAUAAGUCUUUGUCUGCCCUGGGCAAUGUGAUCUCGGCCUUGGCAGAGGGAACUAAAACCCACGUUCCCUACAGAGACAGCAAGAUGACCAGGAUCCUGCAGGACUCCCUGGGGGGCAACUGCAGGACCACCAUCGUCAUCUGCUGCUCCCCCUCCGUGUUCAACGAGGCUGAGACCAAAUCCACCCUGAUGUUUGGCCAGAGGGCCAAGACCAUCAAGAACACGGUGUCUGUGAACCUGGAGCUGACAGCAGAGGAGUGGAAGAAGAAAUAUGAGAAGGAGAAGGACAAGAACAAGAGUUUAAAGAAUGUUAUCCAGCACCUGGAGCUGGAGCUGAACAGGUGGAGGAAUGGUGAAGCUGUGCCUGAGGAGGAGCAGAUCAGUGCCAAGGACCAGAAGAACCUGGAGCCUUGUGAUAACACCCCAAUUAUUGAUAACAUCACCCCUGUGGUUUCCAGCAUCUCCACAGAGGAGAAGCAGAAAUACGAGGAGGAGAUUGCCAGUCUCUACAGGCAGCUGGAUGAUAAGGAUGAUGAAAUCAACCAGCAGAGCCAGUUGGCUGAAAAAUUAAAGCAGCAAAUGUUGGAUCAAGAGGAGCUUUUGGCCUCCACGAGGAGGGAUUAUGAGAAGAUCCAGGAGGAGCUGACCCGGCUGCAGAUCGAGAAUGAAGCAGCCAAGGAUGAGGUGAAGGAGGUGCUGCAAGCCCUGGAAGAGCUGGCUGUCAAUUAUGACCAAAAAUCCCAGGAAGUGGAGGACAAAACCAGGACUAACGAACAGCUGGCAGAUGAGCUGGCACAGAAAAGUAGUGCCCUGACAGCCACCCAGAGGGAGCUGGGCCAGUUGCAGGAGCUCAGCAACCACCAGAAGAAGAGAGCCACAGAAAUCCUGAACCUGCUGCUGAAGGAUCUGGGGGAGAUCGGGGGGAUCAUCGGCACCAACGACGUGAAAACCUUGGCAGAUGUGAACGGGGUGAUCGAGGAGGAGUUCACCAUGGCCAGGCUCUACAUCAGCAAGAUGAAAUCGGAGGUGAAGUCUCUGGUGAACAGGAGCAAGCAGCUGGAGAGUGCCCAGAUGGACUCCAACAGGAAGAUGAACGCCAGCGAGAGGGAGCUCGCAGCCUGCCAGCUCCUCAUCUCCCAGCACGAAGCAAAGAUCAAAUCCCUGACAGACUACAUGCAGAACAUGGAGCAGAAGAGGAGGCAGCUGGAGGAGUCCCAGGACUCCCUCAACGAGGAACUGGCCAAGUUACGUGCUCAAGAGAAAAUGCACGAAGUCAGCUUCAAGGACAAGGAGAAGGAGCACCUGACACGACUCCAGGAUGCAGAGGAGAUGAAGAAGGCUCUGGAGCAGCAGAUGGAGAGCCACAGGGAAGCCCACCAGAAGCAGCUGUCCAGGCUGAGGGAUGAAAUCGAAGAGAAGCAGAAAAUCAUCGAUGAAAUCAGGGACAUGAACCAGAAGCUGCAGCUGGAACAGGAGAAGCUGAGUGCUGACUAUGAUAAAUUAAAAAUUGAGGACCAGGAAAGAGAAAUGAAACUGGAAAAGCUCAUACUCCUUAAUGAUAAAAGGGAACAAGCAAGAGAAGACCUUAAAGGACUGGAGGAAACAGUGGCAAGGGAGCUUCAGACUCUUCACAAUCUGCGCAAACUGUUUGUCCAGGAUCUUACCACCCGUGUUAAAAAAAGUGUUGAACUGGACAGUGAUGAUGGAGGUGGAAGCGCUGCGCAGAAGCAGAAAAUUUCCUUUCUUGAGAACAACCUGGAACAACUUACAAAGGUUCACAAACAGCUGGUACGUGAUAAUGCAGAUCUUCGUUGCGAGCUUCCUAAGCUGGAGAAACGCCUUCGAGCUACGGCAGAGAGAGUUAAGGCCCUGGAGAGUGCACUGAAGGAGGCCAAGGAGAACGCCAUGCGCGACCGCAAGCGCUACCAGCAGGAGGUGGAUCGCAUUAAGGAGGCCGUGAGAGCCAAAAACAUGGCCAGGAGAGCACACUCUGCCCAAAUUGCCAAGCCCAUCCGCCCUGGUCACUACCCAGCGUCUUCUCCGACGGCCGUCCACGCCAUCCGAGGGGGAGGGAUGUCCAACUCCAGCUACUACCACAGCACCAAAUAAACGAGAGGUCAGUUCCACUUAGCAUGUUAAGGACUGUCAUUAAGCCACAUUAGUUUCUUUUUCUGCCCCUCUCCAACCACGUCCUGCCCAUCCUGCGCUUCCCACGGCUCCAGGUACUCCGAGCUUCGUAGGAUCUCCACGUGUACAGAAGUGUCCAGCUCAGCUCCUCCAGAUCCUUGUACAAUUUCUGGACCAUUCCCACCUCAGAAAGGAUGACAGGGAGUCUGCCACUCCGAAUUCCACGAGCCCUUGGCGCUGCUUAGGUUGGGGCUUCUCCACUCAGAGUGAUUUUUUUUUGGUUUUUUUUUUCCCGAGUCCUCCGUUGGCAUCGGUAAUUCCCAACUUCUGGCAUCGAGGAAUUAAUUAUUCAAUGACCAAGUGCCAUCAAAGGCAGGUGAUUGUGCUCUGUCAUGACUGAUUUCCUGUAUAAUAUACAUAUUAUUUUAUAUUUUUAGGGGAUGAAAAUGUGCUGCUAUGUGGUUUAAUUUUACUGCUUAACAUUUUCAGAAGGAAAUUUCCCCAAAGAACCAUUUGUAAUAUCCUGAUUUAAAAAAAAAAAAAGGAAAAAAAAAAUCUUUGGACUGUAUAAAAUAACCUUUAUUGCAGUACCUGGUAAAGAACAAAUGGGAUGCAGAGAAAUCUGUUAGUAUAGACCUAGGAUUUGAAGUUUGGUAGUUCCAUGAAUUUAUCUGUGUGACCUGUUUUAAAAUUAAGCUCCUGUUUCCUUGUAGUUAUCCCUACAGUGGUGAGUUUUCCCAGAGUGGGAUGGCUUAGCCACAUGUUUGUAAGAGUUGUUCCCUAGGAAUUUUUGAAGGAUUUCAGAAUGCUGUGGAAAUCUUGCCUUGGAAAAUCCAACAAGCAUCUCCCCCCUCCCCCUUUCCCCAGACAAGCCCCGAUCUGUUCACACCGGAAUUCAGAUCCCAGAGGGAACAAAGGAAAAUAAAAUCCUCCAAACCCUCCCUUCAAAAAAUCCAAAAGGAGGUGAGAGCUGUACACUCGAGCUGUCCUUUGCAGACCAAAUUUGGGAU